AUGAUCGAAUUCAUGGACUACGUGGUGCAAGCAUUCCACGCCGCGACGGACUGGAAUCCAGACAACAGCUAUUCCUCCUUGACCGCGACAUCCGAUGCAUUGCUGUCCUUCCCGACGCCGUCGACUCUGGCAUUACACGUUUCAUCCCUGGCGACCCCGAACUUUGCAACAUCAUACACUCUGUCGACAUUGGGACAGAUAGAUGGGUCGAUAUCCUACCUGUAUUCCACGGUGCCUCUGGGACAUAUUCCGUCACAAGCUCCGAGCAUUCCAUUAAGAUGCCUUGUACGAGGAUAUCGGGACAUCAAGCUCCCGCUCCCAGUCACACUCGGUGAGAAGCGAGCAGCAAGAGAAGCAAUAGAGAACAACGGGAAGCCGACACUACUACAUGCGACACUUGCACUCCCACCACCGUCUGUUCUUACAGCCCUUUAUGCGCGGCGCAUCAAUCCGGAGACCUUGGUUUCCUUUUCUCUCUACAGCAAGAGCGUGGCGUCACCGGCGUUGACCUCUGGCCCUCCGCCCGCUGCGGUCUUGGCCCACAUCCAGCAUGAUACCGGGCGGUACUCGAUUGAAGGACUGGGAUCGACAGACAACGCGCUCCUGGGUGUACGAGGGCUGUGGAAUUUUGGCUUGUCUCCACAGGUCGAUGAAGAGGGACCCUCGAUUCCUCUGUACACACCGGAAACUGAUCCCCUCGGUGGCUUCACUGAGUUCCCAUCGGGCCUUUCACUUCCACUUCCACCCUACACCGACACAAAAACAAUAUAUCGCAACCGACUCGCCUCCAAACCGUCUCUACUCUCGGCCGGCGCCGAGUUCUACUACAGUCCAUUUUCACACGUCAUUGGCCUCUCCACCGGUCUCCGUUUCACCACGCUCGCGCCACACAUCACGCCCACGGAACCAGACUCCUCUCAAUCCUCUCCUUCGCUCACAACCAAGGAGCUUCUGUCUUUUCGGGGCAAACCUCUCGCCGGGACAUCUGCAUCUUUACUGUCCACAGCGGGACACACUCUCUUGACGCCAUCCAACGUCUCGCACUCUUCUUUUCCAUAUACCAUGACGUUAACUCUAACACCACUCACGGGCUCCAUUUCAUCCACAUACUCGGUCCGCCCUACACCUACGCUGGCGCUAUCCUCGCAAUUCGACUUCAACUUCUACUCCUGGGAGUCGCGGUACGUAAUUGGCGGCGAACUGUGGCGUCCGUACCGGCGGGACCAACGUUCGCGAACAGACAGUGCUGAUGCAGAGGGGGUUUUACCGUCCUCCGACGACAAAAUGGCGUGGGUCCGUUCAAAAACUAAAAACUGGUUCAGUCCCGCCGAACAGUCCCUCAAGGACGAGCGGCUGCAACGUGAGGAGGAAAACGUCUGGAAAUUCCGCCUCGAUGAUUCCUGGAACGUCAAGGCCUUGUGGACGGGUCGCGUCAAGAGUCUGCUUGUAUCCGCGGGAAUCAGCGUGAGCCCUAUAACAAAACACCACCACACGAGUGCGGCGAUGCUGUCGGCCAGUGACGGUAUUGGCGAUCUCGCUGGACCUAGCACCAGCAGUGUUAAGCGCUGGACGGGGUCGGUGGGCGUCAGUAUCGCCUAUUCUACAUGA